AUGGAGAAGCUGCCUGGAAUACCGGAGAAGCUCCAACAGAUCGUGAGUAGCCGACCGAACUUCAUCGACAUGCGCGAAUACAUCUCUGCAACGCUCGAAAAGGCCCCCAGGAUACCGGAUGAACUCUACCAAUUCUCUGCAAGCUGUUCGAGACACCUCUCGCAGCUUGUAGAAAGCACAUCAGCAUUGCCACAGAUUCACGGCCUGGCGCAAACCUGUGCCAACUCCUUCCGGUGCAUGUCUCCACUGGCCAUUGUAGGAGUCCUUCUCGCGGCACUCGCAGCGUAUGUUGUCUAUCAGCUCUACUUUCACCCGCUGGCAAAAUACCCAGGUCCGCUCCUAGGCCGACUGACACAAUGGUACGAUGUCUAUCAUGCCUACGUCGGAGACAAGCACAUUCUAUUCUACCAUCUCCACCGAAAGUAUGGAACCGUAGUACGAUUCUCCCCCAACUCGCUUUCCAUCAACGACCCGGCUGCCUUGAAGGUCAUCUAUGGCCAUGGCGCGAAUGUACAGAAAUCCGUCUUUUACAAGUGCUUCCGCGCCGCCCCGCAAGCCAUCAGCACUCUGCUGGCCACCGAGAAGCAGCAUCAUGCUCGCAAGCGCAGGAUCAUGGGCCAGGCCUUCUCGGAUUCCACCCUGAAGGGAUUCGAGCAAUACGUUCAAGGCCACGUACAGGACCUCGUCGACCGCGUCCGUCGUGAAGUCCAUCGGCCUGGAGCGGAGAAGUCGCCAUGGAGCGCCCCACUAGACAUGGCAAACUGGUGCAAUUGGCUCGUAUUCGACAUUAUGGGAGACCUCGUUUUCGGUCGCUCCUUUGGCACAUUGGGGGAGAAGCCGGAGAACAGAAAAGGUAUCUUUCUUCUUGGACGUGCCGCUCGGAGAAACUAUGUUGUCGCCGCAAUGCCUGCCCUUCUAUAUACUGGUUUGGAGAAAUUCCUUCCUCUCCUUCGCGGCUUGUAUUUUGAUCGCUGCCGGUACCUCGCUUUUGGCAAGGCGCAAGUGAUGGGGCGCACGACAGAACACGCCAAGGCGGGCCCGCAGAUGGAGACUGGCCGUAAAGACAUCUUCUCUUUCCUUUUGCACGCUAAGGACCCGGAAUCUGGGGACGGCAUGCCUAUGCCUGAGCUGUGGAUGGAGGGCAACACACUGAUCGUUGCUGGGUCGGACACCACUUCUACGUAGGUUCCAACACAAUCGCGAGACCGACACCCUUACUGAUAGUGCAUAUCCGCAGUACCCUCGCAGCAACACUCUACUACCUCCUUCAAAACCCUCACACCCUCCAUCGCCUUCAGUCCGAGAUCCGAAGCACCUUCACCUCCCGCGAACAAAUUUCCAUGUCGGGCACAAAGAUGCAAUCAUGCACCUAUCUACGCGCCUGCAUCGACGAAACCAUGCGCAUGACACCGGCAGUAGGCGGCGUCCUGCCGCGAGAAGUCCUCAAAGGCGGCCUCGCCAUCCCAGCCCUCGGUCUGACCCUCCCCGCUGGUAUCGACGUCGGCGUUCCCAUCUACGCGAUCCACCACCACUCAGGUUACGUCCCGGACCCUUUCCAAUUCGAGCCAGAGCGCUUCCUCGCCUCGACGAAGGAAAAAGAAGCCCUGAUGAGCGUAUGGAAUCCUUUCUCCGUUGGCAACCGAGCCUGUCUUGGCAAGCCAUUAGUGUACAUGGAACUGCAGAUUGCGAUUGCGAGGUUAUUGUUCGAGUUUGACAUGCAGUUGGGCGAGGACCAGAGGGUCAGUGGGUUCAUCACCCGGGAGAUUCGGACGGAGAAGCGGCAGCCAAGAGAGUACCAGUUGCAGGAUUGGUUCAUGAGUCGGAAUGAAGGGCCUUGGACUGAGUUCAAAGUCCGGGAGGAUCUGAAUGCGUGA